AUCUUCUUCACCCCUUUCUUUCUUUUUCUGAAACACAACCACCAUCAGCCAUCAUCUUUGGCCACCACAACCACCACCUCUGAACACCAGUGUUCACCACCGUGAACCACCACCUGAAACCAGCAUCGCGAACCAAAAAUGCUAUCGCACUCACAGCUGUCAAUCUCUUCCCCAUCUGACUGUUCGUUCGAUGACGAUGCGUUCAGCGCAAAUGCAAUCGCAACCGAGAAUCGCCUCAGUCAAGCGAGUUUCAUCCUCGAGUACCAGCAGCUGUAUAAUAGCUACAAAAUGUGUCUCGCGAGCUUACAGGAAUGUGUUAUAGAGGUUGACGAUCUUUGUAUCGAGUACGAGCAGCUGUAUUACAACUCCUUCCUUAGGUCAAUCGCAACGGGUGCGUAUCCCUGGAGAAGAAAGCAGCAGGGGGUUGAAGUUUGAGGUGUACAACUAGGGAAUGUCGAAAACCGAGCUGUGCAACAAGUGGCAGGAGACUGUUAUUAGGGGUGGCCAUCUUCUUUUGUUUUAUCAAUAAAAAAAUGGUAAAAGUUUCUUAGAUGGGAAAAGACUAAAAUGCCCCUCAUGUGAGGGGCAUGUGACCAGUAUUUAACAGUUGAAUUGGAUGGUGUUAGGAGCGGGGAGUGAAAUAGAGAUAAGAUUUAUAGAUCGGGGAGUAAAAUGUCUAUUUUUAAAGGAUUAGGGCAAAACCGUUAAAACGACCAAACCACAGAGAGCAAAACAGAAGUUUACUCUUUUUCUUAUAGUGUUAAUUUAAAAAAACAAAAGAAGAACUUUUUAGUAUAAAAUAUUGAAUUUUUUAAGAGCCUUCCAACCAAUUCGGAUUUUAAGGAAUUGAAAUGAAUAAAUUCGUUAAAACCCCACCACAACCGUUAUAAACCCUAGUUUGCUCCUCCUUCAAUCCACUGAGUCAGGCAUUUUCACAAACACCUGUUGGGCACCCCAUGAUCAAAUGGCAAACCAACUCAUUAAACCCUUCAAAAACCCUCACUACCUACCCUCGGUUACACGAUUAAUGACAACAAGCAAACGGGUUCAAGACAGAAGCCAACAGAAACGAGUCCACGCCCUCGAAAUCGCAGUCGAAAAGCACAAAAUCGCCUCCAAAAUCCUCUUUCUAUUAGAAUUAUUAAAGCAAGAACCCGAACAAGUUAUUCCCAUCAGGUCUCUUGAUCAACACAGGCGCCAGCUCAAUCUGCCAAAGCCCCACAAGAUAUCAGACUUUAUUCGCAAAUCGCCGAAGCUGUUCGAGAUGUAUAAGGACCAAAGGGGCACCACAUGGGUCGGGUUAACCGCGAAAGGCGAAGAAUUGGUUGAAGAAGAAGAAAGAUUAAUAGCAGAGAAUGAGGGAAAGGCAGUGGAGCAUGUAACAAGGUUGUUAAUGAUGUCUGUAAACAAGAUUUUACCUUUGGAUAAAAUUGCUCAUUUUAGGAGGGAUUUAGGGCUGCCAUAUGAUUUUCGAAAGCAUUGGGUGCAUAAGUAUCCGGAUUGUUUUCGGGUUUUGAAAGAUGAGGAUGAUGUUGAGUUCUUGAAGCUUGUUUCUUGGAACCCAUGUUGGUCUGUUACUGAAGUGGAAAAGAAAGUUACGGGCAUCACGAAAGCCGAAAAUCAUGUUCCGGGGAGGCUUUCGUUAGCGUUUCCGAUGAAGUUUCCUCCGGAUUACAAGAAAGUGUAUAGAUACGGUGGGCAGAUUGAGAAUUUUCAGAAAAGGGAGUAUCUUUCGCCUUAUGCAGAUGCGAAAGAGUUGAAAGCGGGGUCGGUUGAGUUCGAUAAGCGAGCGAUUGCGGUAAUGCAUGAGGUGUUAAGCUUUAUGAACGAGAAACGGUUGAUUACGGAUCAUUUGACUCACUUUAGGAGGGAGUUUGUGAUGCCACAGAAGCUGAUGAGGAUAUUGUUGAAGCAUUUCGGGAUCUUUUAUGUUUCGGAAAGAGGGAAAAGAUUCAGUGUGUUCUUGACGGAAGCGUAUGAUGGGUCGGAAUUGAUUGAGAAAUGCCCGUUGGUUGUUUGGAAGGAGAAAGUUGUUAGCCUUACUGGUUAUAGAGGAAGGAAGAAAAAGAUUGAGACUUUUGAUGACAUGGAUGAUUUCGUUGAUAAUGAUUUGUUUGAGAGUGAUUCGGAAGAUGAAAACACUAUUUCGAUUGACCGAUCGUUCAAAGAAGAGGAUGAUACGAUGAGUGAUGUUGAAGAUGAGUUGGUUACACAAAUCUCUGAGAUGGAUAUUGGAGAAGUUCAGAAAGCUUAUAACGAUACGUAAUAAACAUCACAAGGUUAUAAAUGUUGUGUUUUCUUGCACCUUUAAUUAUCUUUUGUUCAUCAUUAUUUAACAUACUUUUAAGCUCACCUUCUACCUUUAUUGGAUCAUAACGGAUUAUUCAUUAGUCGUGCAUACUUGAAAUAAUUAGAGUCCUAUUACUGACUGCUA